AUGGCGCUCAUGAGCGAGGUCCAUCACGCCGGCCUCGGGCCAGGGCCGUGCCUGGAGCCCUUCAGGAAGCUGCGCCACCAGGAGCUCACCAUCGAGGGCAACCCUGGCCUCGAUGCAGAUAAGCUGCAGUGCCUGCCCCAGGUCUGCCCGGACUUGGUCACCCUGGCCCUGGCACAGCCGGGCAUCCAGCUGCCGCCCUGCUGCCGCCAGCUGCGAUCUCUGAGCAGGGUAAAGCUGCACGCGAAAAGUCUCCCCGUGGGCGGACUUCAGUACCUUGAAAGCCUGCGGACGCUCGACUUGUUUGCAGAGGGGAUCGGUGGUGUUCCCCCAGGCGAGUACGACUGGCUGCGCCUGAGGCAGUAUGAGAGCGAGGUGGAGGAGCAGUUGCAGGCAUUGGGGCAUGGUCCCUGCUGCCUCCAGAUCUCCACCUCACACCACCACGCCUUCUACCACACGCCGCGCUUCGACCUAGCCUGGAUGCGGCUGCAGGUCCUGCAGGUGUUUUGUCGGCCGUCGCUUCGCUUCGGCCUGCCGCCGGAGCUCAGGGUGUUGGAGGUCAAGAACAACCUGGUGGAAGAUGGUUAUGGGAUGUAUGACUACGCCCCAGAUGUCAAGACCAUCCAAGACAUCCACCUCCCAGCCAGCGUGGUCGCCGUCAGCCUGAUCGAAAGCUCCAGGAGCAUCUGUCCAGAGGCGGGUGCAGGCCAGGUGAAGGUGCUUGGGAGAUGCCGGUUGAAAGACCACUCACCCAGCCAUCCAGGGCAGCAGGUGGUCAGCGCCAACAAGGAGUUCUGGCGCAGGGCGGCCUCCCUGCCCGAGGUCCAGCUGGAUGCGUAUGGCGCUGCGUAUGCAACGGAGUGGUCCAGCAACUCGAAGAUCCAUUACUUUAACUGA